CUCCUCGUCACCGUCCAGACUCCCGUAUCAUCUCUUGCGCCGUAAUCACCAAGUCACCAUCGCCUCACCAGUCACUCACACUUGCACACACUUAGACUGACCCUCGGUCGGACCUUGACGCGUGUCGCCUGUGCAUGAGUGAAAGCUAAAGAUGUCGGCGCCCAGCCCAGCGCCACGGAGCGCAAGCACAGGGCCAAAUGGCCCUUUGGUCACUCCAACCGCUGCUCCUCUGGUCAACGGCGUUGCCAAUGCAUCUGUUGCUGCGCCUUCGGCUCCCGCAAGUGGCACAACAGGUGGUUCUGGCGGAGGAGGCAUGUCGCAGCAGAAUCUCAACCAAAUUGUGAUCGACUACCUGGCUAAGAAAGGCUACCACAGAACAGAAGCCACUCUCCGGGCGGAGUCGUCAAAUCAAGAAAUCCCCAAAGACGCAGAAUUGAAGCCAGCGCCCUCCGGGCCUCCGCGCUACUAUGAGAUGUUUGUCCGGUUGCAAGCUUGGACCGAUGACGCUCUCGAUAUCUACAAACCAGAAGUCAAGCGCCUUCUCUGGCCUAUUUUCGUGUACUCAUACCUCGACCUUGUCAAGCAAUUCUACCCCAAGGAAGCCACUCGGCUGUUUCAAAAGUUCUCGGAGGAUUUCAAAAAGGAGCACGAAUACGAUCUCAGAGGGCUUGAGCACAUCACCUUGUCAGAACAUAGCGAAGACAAGAUUGCUAAGAUUUAUCGCGACAACAAAUACCGGCUGUCCCUCAGCAACCCUGCAUACGUCUAUUUCAUGCAAUUUCUUGAGACCCUUCCCCAGACCGGCUACAAACUCUUGAUGAAUAUCGUGGAAAAUAAUCUGGACCUACGACAGGUCGAGCGUGCAGCAGAUGACCGCUUCAGUUUCGCCUCUGUGAUCCAACGAGGGAUCGACGGCCAGGACAUGCCCGCCGAGGAUGAAGGUAUCCCGGGUCACAAACCUGGAAACGCGAUCUCCUCCACGGACCCGAACGUCGGAAACAAUCUUGCGACCCUCAAGCUUGGCAAAUUGCCCAUGGAAAAAGACGCUGAAGGAGACGUCCGCGCCGAACUCGAGGAACUCGAUCAGAAGAUGCCCCCUCAGCCCGGCCAGCCCAGUCUGGUUCAAACUCACGAACUAGUCAAUAUCAAGCAAGAAGACGAAGAUGAGGGGCCGAAUCGAGCUGAAAUUCCAUUCCCGGCGUCUACUGCGCGGGACGUGGCCAUGGAGGUCCAAAAGAUUCGCGAAAACCGCGACCGGCUCAAGAUCGAGUCUCGUACUGGUGGGAUUGGACCGGGACUCAGCGUGGUAAUGUACACAUUCCACAACACUCACGACUCCAUCUGUUGCCUAGACUUCAGUGGUGACCAGAGACUGGUGGCUGCGGGCUUCUCGGAGUCAUACAUUCGCAUAUGGACGAUGGAUGGCUCCGCGCUUGGUCCUCCCGCACCCAAUGGCCAACAACAAAACUCCCAGCGCCUCAUCGGCCACUCAGGACCAGUUUACAGCGUCGCGUUUGCGCCCUCAACUUACAAACCUACCCCGGAUUCCCCCGACACAGAUUCAAAAUGGCUCCUAUCGUGCUCUGCAGACAGCACAAUUCGCCUCUGGAAUCUGGACGUCUUCCAGUGCAUGGUCGUCUACAAAGGACAUGUUGGCCCCGUCUGGUCAGUCGUGUGGGGACCGUUCGGGCAUUAUUUCGCAUCCAGCGGCCAUGACAAGACGGCAAGAAUCUGGUUGACCGACCGAAUUCGCCAAGUGCGGCUUUUGGCUGGCCACGACGAUGAUGUGGACGUGGUAGCCUGGCAUCCCAAUUCGAGUUAUGUGUUUACUGCAAGUUCCGACAAGACGGUCAGAAUGUGGAGCUUGAAUAAUGGGAACGCCGUAAGGAUGUUUACCGGUCAUACGUCGUCCAUCACAGCAAUGUCAUGUUCUCGAAAUGGCAAGAUCCUCGCGUCGGCGGAUGACACCGGAGUCAUACUUCUGUGGGAUCUCGGGCCUGGGAGAUUGCUCAAGAAAAUGCGCGGCCACGGCAAAGGUGGCAUCUGGAGUCUGAGUUGGUCUGCCGAGUCAACGGUGCUGGUGAGCGGUGGCGCAGACUGCACGGUCAGGGCAUGGGAUGUUACCGGGCCGGCAAAGGAAGCUGCGGCCACGACCACUACCGCGGGGGGUGCCACCUCAAACAAACCCGGCGACGGUGCAGCAUCCACGCAGGCUGGAGGUGCAAUCCAGGACGGAGCCCCCAAAUCGGCUGGCGGCACCAACGCUCCGACGUCGAAUCUCAACCUUACUUCGGGCACAUCAACCGGAGCAGCGGGCGUAGGCGCAAGCGUUGGCGGUACGGGUGUCAGUGGUGUUGGCGUCGCUGGGAUCCAAGGGGGUAAGAGACGCGGUAAGGACGCGGUUGUUACCAGCGACCAGAUCAGCGCGUUCCUCACCAAGCAGAGUCCCGUCUACAUCGUCAAGUUCACCAACAUGAAUCUCGUGCUAGCCGGAGGUGCUUACCUGCCGGAGCAUGCGAAGUGAGGCCCGUGACGAAUACGGCAGUUCGAUCUCAAGAGGUGGCGCAGGAGAAUUUCCCCGGGCUGCGGUCGUCAAGGCAAGCAUGGCCGAGUAAUGCAAGGUGGUAAGCAGGUGCGUCGAGGAAAAGAAACAUUGUGUUGAGUAGGAGAAUAUGGUGAAGAGACGGACCCUGGGUUUGGUGGGGGCAACACACCAUCGGCAUGGGACUUUAGCAUCAUCAAGCCACGCACUCGGGGCCAAAAUAUGGUGCUGGAAUGUUUGGAGGACAUGGCGAAAUGGGCGCUUGGAUCGUUCACGGCUGCGCGUGUCGGUGGUUCGAUGGAUGGAUGAGUGGCUGGGCAGGGGAAAAAACGGCGGCAUAGGAUCCUGCAUUGUGUGGCUUUCUCCAUCAUCAUGGGUCGACUGAAGCGGUUGACCAGGACAGCCUCUAUGACGAGUUCGAGUCGAGCGCUGCCAGCAAGACAGUCAGUCAGCUAGUCAGUUAGGCCCCUUCAACGUUAGAUCGAAUACUGAUGGACGGUAACGUCUCUUAAAUCGACCA